AUGGGAGGUCACAAAUUCACGUACAUGUCGGACGACGGGUCGAAUCUUAGUAAAAUAGAUAGGAUCCUAGUAUGUGAUUCGUUUAUGAACAAAUGGCCGGCGGCAAGAUUCGAAGCAUUAACCAAACACUUAUCGGACCAUAGUCCACUUAUAUUAGCUUGUGCUAACGUUGAUUUUGGGCCGAUACCGUUUAGGUUCUAUAAUAGCUGGUUGGAAGACGAAGGCAUAGGUGAAGUAAUAAGGAUUGUUAUGGAGGAAUCAACCUAUGGGGGUAAUAACAUGAUAGAGAUGGCGAACAUUCUAAAAAAUCUUAAGAUAGGCAUUAAAGAAUGGAGGCGGACAACGAAGUCAAAAGAGGAGAAGGAAGUGCAGGAUGCGACAAAGGAAGUGGAAAAUAUUGAGAAGGUGGCGGAAACCAGGAGACUCACGGAAACGGAGAAGGAGAGCAGAGUACUUGGAAAAUGGAAAAUAAGAAACUAUGAGAGGAAGAGAUUAAAGGAUUUAAAACAAAAGGCAAAACUUAAAUGGGCAAAACUUGGGGAUGAGAGCUCCAAUUUCUUCCACAGACUCAUAAACUGUAGAAAGGCACGGAAUCGCAUCAGCACUAUGAAGAUUAAUGGCGUCAUGGUAACGGAUCCAAAAGCAAUCAAGGAGGACGUUAGAGCAAGAUUCAUGGCACGGUUCUCGGAACCAAUAAAAAAUAGACCUUCGCUUGAUGGUAGGGGUUUUAAGAAAAUCACAAAGGAGCAGGCAAAUUCAUUAACUGAACGAUUCUCAAAUGAAGAAAUAAAAAAGGCAGUAUGGGCGUGUGGCAGUGAUAGGGCCCCUGGCCCAGAUGGAUUCUCUUUCAAGUUCAUUAAAAGAUUUUGGGAACAACUAAAAGACAAAUUCGGUGGUGUACUAAAUGAUUUCUAUGAUAGAGCUUUCAUAGAAAGAGGAUGUAAUGCUUCGUUUAUCGCACUAAUCCCUAAAGUUAGAUAUCCGCAGUCAAUAGAGGAGUAUAGACCAAUUUCCUUGAUUGGUGUGAUAUAUAAAAUAAUUGCAAAAAUUUUAGCCUGCUGGUUAAAGAAGGUAAUCCCGUGCAUAGUGGACCCGGUGCAGACGGCUUUUGUUGAAGGCAGAUCCAUCUUUGACGGACCUUUAAUCACAAGCGAUAUCAUAUCUUGGGCAAAGAAGAGCAAGAAGAAGAUGUUUAUUUUCAAGGUAGAUUUUGAGAAAGCAUACGACUCGAUCAAUUGGAAAUUUCUUCUAUCAAAUUUGAAAGCAAUGGGAUUUCCGAGCAGAUGGACGGACGAAAUGGGUUGGUGCAUGCCUAAAGUCAAGCUGGGCAUCGGUGCUUGUUUAAAGGUUAAUUUAAACAAGUCAAGUUUAUAUGGACUAGGAGCAGAAGACGCGGAGAUCGAAGGAAUGGCUGGAACUUUAAAUUGUAAGAUAGGAUCAAUGCCGUUCAACUUCCUUGGUCUAACGAUUGGUGCAAACAUGAAAAGAGAGAAAUACUGGAAGAUAGUUCUAGAUGAAUUCAACAAGAAGCUAUCGGCAUGGAAAGCUAAGUGUCUAUCGUUUGCUGGCAGAAUGGUGCUAGCUAAAGCGGUGAUGGGGGCUCUCCCAAAUUAUUUCUUCUCCAUGUAUUUAGCCCCAAAAAAGGUCAUAAAAGCUUUGGACACAAUUAGAAGAGACUUUAUAUGGGGUAGGAAUGCUGGAAAAUAUAAAAUACGAUGGAUAGCUUGGGGAAAGAUGACAAAACCGAAACAACUAGGCGGAUUCGGUUUGGGCGAUUUGAGAAGUGCAAAUCUUGCACUCAUGGCAAAGUGGUGGUGGAAAUAUAAAACGAAACCGGAGGAGCUAUGGACAAAAGUGAUAAGAUCCAUACAUGUCAGUAAUAGAUGCUAUAAAAUUAUGCCGAUUAAUAAUAAAUAUGCAGGUAUUUGGAAAGAUAUUGUUGCUGCAGGUAAAGAGCUUGGAGGCAUAGGAAUUUCGACAGCAGAAGAGAUUGUAGUAGAGGUGGGAACAGGAAAUACAGUGAAGUUUUGGCUAGAUAAUUGGUGUGGUGGUAAGAUAUUUAAGGAGAUAUAUCCCGCGCUUUUCAAGAUUGCAACAAACAGACAAGUGAAAGUGGCAGACUGUGUCAUCAAGCUAGAGAAUGAAAACCAGUGGAGCAUAGGUUGGCUGGAAUGGAAGACGGCUGAAAAAGGUGAAUUCUCGGUUGCGGAGAUAAGGAAACAGAUAAUCAAACAAGAUGGCGCCGGAGUAGAGGAAAGAUGGAAGAACUGGAAUAGGUGGGUACCACCGAAAGUCAGUUACUUCACGUGGAGAGCGACGAUCGGAAGAAUUCCAGUAAAAAAGGAACUCAUUAGGCGAAGGAUUCCAAUCACCAACCAGUUAUGUUCAAGAUGCGAGGCAGAAGAGGAAACGGCAGACCAUGUUAUAUGCGGUUGCAUAUCAUCAAAGGCAGUUUGGAAAAAUAUAUUAAUAUGGCUAAAGCUACCAGCGGCCACCGAAUUCCAAGGGUGUAGAGAAGCAAUAGAAUACGCUAACGGAUUAACAGGAUCGAAGGAUUGGAAGAAAAUUAUUAGCGUUGUGGUUCAAACUACCAUGUGGAACAUAUGGAAGUCUCGAAACGAAAAGGAGUUUGAAGGUAAUAUCCGAAAUAGCAGCGAGAUAGCAGAAAAGAUAAUGGCGGACAGUUUCAUUUGGUUGAAAAGCAUAUCAAAAUUCGGGAUAUAG